UGUAGAGUAUAGUGCUGUGUAUGAGGUCUGAAUUGGUCUGUAAUAUGGUAGGACACUGAUAAGGGGUUGACAGUCAUGCACUCACCAACAGCGCUGGCUCCAACAGCCUGUUAAUGCUCUAUGGGGGGGGGGGCAUCUUUGCCUUUGUCCACACAGAUGCAAAUCUCCCCCGUCACCUGCAAGAGCAUUGUCAUGCACGUGAGGAGGAUCAGGGAGCGGGUCCUAACCAAGGCCACCAGCAACAGCAGCGCCUGGCCAGGCGACCGUGGCGGCACCUUCAGGGUCACGGCGCGGCCACCACCGCCACCACCACCACCGCCACCACCACCGCCACCGCCACCACCGCCACCACCGCCACCACCACCGCCGCCGCCGCCGCCGGGACCGCAACAACGGCCGCGGCCUGCUAAAAGAGCGAAAACGGCGGUGGCGACUGAGGAGAGAGGAUCGGGGCUCACGGCGAAGCCCACCAACAUCUCGGCAUCCGUUAAGGCGGCAGCGCCGAUGCCAAUCCCUCCCGCUGUGAGCAAGAGCGCCCUGCAUGCGAGGAGGAUCAGCAGCAGCAGUGGCAGCAACAGCAGCAAGGACGGCAUCAGCCCGCCCAACCGCAACACCAUUGGGGUGACGGUGCGGCGACUGCGACCACCUCCUGCUGACAAAGCGAUGGUGGCCGUGGGGAUUCCAGGGAGAGAAGUGAGGCUCACGGCCGAGACUACCGACAGGCGAUCAUCGUUCCGCUCGGCUUCCACCAAGAUCCCGACGCGGAGGCCUCCCGGCAUGUGCAAGAGCGUUGCGAACGUCCGGAGCCAGACCAGGGAGCGGGCGGCGACAACGCCGGCCGCCGGCUUCGUCGGCAUCGUCAGGGCCGCGGCGCGCUCACCGCCACGGGGCCACCGGCGGUGGGCCGCGAUCCCCCAGUGGCCGAAGGUGCGCGGGCCCAGCGACGCUGCGGGGCCGGCGGACGCCGCCGACCGCGUGCUGCGCUCCAUCGGGGCGACGCGCCGUGCGGUGGCGGCGGGGGAGGAGCCUUCCAUGGGCCUGACGGAUGCCGCCGUCCGUGUGCUGCGCUCCAUCCUGGCGAUGCGGCGCGCUGGGAGGGGCCUUCGUUUCACCGCCUGGGAACGUGCCGGGCUGAAUGCUGAGGCUCUCAGAUGACGACGACGCCUCUCGUGGCGGUGUCGCUCGGACAGCGUGG